GGCCAAACGCCCAUUAACGCUCCCAGGAUUGUGUUUUGUCAGAGCCAUACAGGGAAAAUUCUUAAUGGAGCCACAACCCGGCACCUCUCUCUGACCUGUCAACAGUAACACAGACAAAUAUCAACAUGGACGUAAACUCUUCAAACAGCACCUUUGCCAACACAUCCCAUGUCCAGGUGGCUCCCCACAACGUCUGGGAGGUUAUUACCAUCGCUACAGUGUCAGCCAUUGUCAGCUUGAUAACUAUUGUUGGUAACGUGUUGGUGUUGCUGUCCUUCAAAGUCAACAGCCAGCUGAAGACUGUAAACAACUAUUACCUACUCAGUCUAGCUUUUGCUGACCUCAUCAUUGGAGUGUUGUCAAUGAACCUAUACACCACAUAUAUCCUGAUGGGUUACUGGUCCUUGGGGAACCUUGCAUGUGAUCUCUGGCUAGCAGUGGAUUAUGUUGCCAGCAAUGCUUCAGUUAUGAACUUACUCGUCAUCAGCUUUGACAGGUACUUCUCCAUCACAAGGCCGCUAACUUACAGGGCUAAAAGGACUCCAAAGAGAGCUGCCAUCAUGAUUGGCCUCGCAUGGCUGGUGUCUUUUGUCCUUUGGGCGCCACCCAUUCUGUGCUGGCAAUAUUUUGUAGGAGAGAGAAACGUGCCUCCUGACCAGUGCCAGGUCCAGUUUUUAACCGAGCCAGUGAUUACAUUUGGUACAGCCAUUGCUGCAUUCUACAUCCCUGUCUCUGUUAUGACCAUCCUCUACUGUAGAAUCUACAAGGAGACGCAGAAACGCACCAAAGAUUUGGCAGAGCUGCGAGGCCUGGCUUCUGAAAAUGUUCUAGCAGGAACUAAACCACAGAAAACUAUCAUUCAUUCUUGCUUUCAUUUCACAAGAGAGAGGAGAGACCUCAGUCAGGCCUCCUGGUCCUCAUCUAACCAAAGUAAUGCCACUAAAACGACCACGAGGUCCGAAGAGGCGUGGGUGAAAGUAGAUCAGAUCACUUCCUUGAACAGCUACUCCUCUUUUGAAGAGGAAGAGCAGCAUGGUUCCAUAGAAACCCCACAGGGGUCUUUCAAAGAGCAAGGUAGUGAACAAAGUAAUAAGAAUGGACAGGUGAGAGAUUAUACAGAAGAUCUGUACUUUUCCACGCCUCAAAAGAAGAGCAGUAAAAAACAUAUCUCUUCUAAAGUCAAACCUGGCUCGAGCUCGAAGGAUAAAAACGGCAAACCAAUGACUGCCACAUCCACCCUGCCGAAAGCAGAAGAGACCACCAAAAACGCCUCCCCUUCUUCCUCCACCGCCUCCAAACCCAUUGACCCCGGCCUGAAGAGCCAGAUCACCAAGAGGAAGAGGAUGGUGCUUGUGAAAGAGAAGAAGGCGGCCCAGACUCUCAGUGCCAUCCUGCUGGCGUUCAUCCUCACAUGGACGCCCUACAACAUCAUGGUGCUCAUCUCCACUUUCUGUACCGAGUGCAUCCCCACAUCCCUGUGGCACCUGGGCUACUGGCUUUGCUACGUCAACAGCACCAUCAACCCCAUGUGCUACGCGCUGUGCAACAAGACCUUUCAGAAGACCUUCCGCAUGCUUCUGCUCUGCCAGUGGAGGAGGAGGAGGAGGGGCGACGACAAGCUGCACUGGGGUGGACAAAACCAAAACGUCAACAAUAAAAUGACUUGAUGUGACAGAAGGCUAUUGUAGAAUGGAUGUAUAUUGCAUUUGCCCACAUGUGGAUGUUCUUGAUAUAUACUGUAGACAGUGUCUUCAGCAUGAAGUGCUUAAAGUACAUGUCUGUGGGAAAUGAGCAGAGCCUGCUGGAGAUUACUACGGAAACGAAACCUCACGAAGGCGGCGACGCAUUCUUAAAUGGUAAAAAAAAAUGGAUUUAGGCCGAGAGUGUUGAAUAAAUCCAAUCGGUACUGCAUCGAAUGUAUAUAUUAAAGUCUGUUUGCCGGCUUUGGGAGCGCUAUUGCAUGUCAAAAAAGAUCCAGAUGAAGCUGCACAAAGGCUGGUAAACUGCCUCAAAUGAUGUCACUCGGGUCAGCAAUUGCUUACAGACUACAAGUUUGGAAAUUAAAAAGAUUUGGGUGUGUGCUGUGAGAGAGAAGUGAACUCAUCAGACGUCUGAGGCUCGCUCCUGAUCUCAGCUGCAGAUUAUAGCGGCUUCAGGCUACAUUAGCUGCUCCUAGCAUAACACACGGGGUCACGUUGCAUUGUGGCUCAUGUAGGUGCCGGGUGACAUAAGAAAAGGUUGAUAUAUCUGGUUCUACUUUAUCCAUUUUUGUUCAUAGAUUAUGAUUAUGUCUUUUGUUCCUAAUAAGGGAGGAGUACAUGUAAUUUCAAUAGGUUAUUUAACUUUUUUGUGCCAAAAUCUAAAACAAACCAUGAUACAUUGUCCGAAGGGGUUAAUAUGAGGAUUCAGCUGCGAAUUUUCACUUUAUUCUCUGUCUUUACAUUACAUCAUCACAUUCCCGGAGCAUUUUCUCUGAGCGUUUACUGAUGACGUGGUUGGGUUUAUAUUGCCCCCGGCGUGUCUCACACAGGCCUUCAAGGUGCCUUGCGCUGCAGGAAGAGACAAAGGGGCGUGGCAAAGUGUUGUAAUUUGUUGCCUGGAAAUAAGAACGAGCUGACCAAACUCACCACAGCCAUGUCAGCACAUUUAUAAUAUAGUCGGGUUCAUUUUCUUUAAUCUACAUGCUGACAGACAAUGGCUUUUUCCGCUCCUAAUAAAACUGCACAUUUAUUGAAGCCAUAUACUCGGUUUAGUCACAAUGAAGAAAUCACUUCUUCACAAAUCUGGAAAGUUGGAAUUACUAACAACAUACUUAACAUAAAUGAGCAUUUCUGUGUGAGCGUGUGGAUAGAAACACAGGAACCAGUUCUUUAAACCUCAUACAAUAUAAUCAUCCUAUAUUUGUGUUGUUCACUUAAUUGCACUGUAUAUACAAGACAUAUUGUAGGCUUACACAUUUUUUUUGAAAUCCACAGUAUAACAAUUAUAUUUCACUGAUUCUGUUGGCUUUUACGCCUCUCAAAUGGUUAAUGUAAAUUGCUUAGUGUUUAUCAGUGUUAAGUGAAUGUUUUAGUUUUCUAUCUUGGCUCUUGGAAUUAAUGUUUGAUCUUGUGUUCAAGGGCUAAUCGGUACAUGUGCAUUUAAAGGUGCAUUAGUUUCACGGUGGUAAGAUGACACAUGAGAUUGUUUAUGGAUCACACUUUAUUCCUGUCACUUUUCAUAAUACUGCACCUGAAAAAAAGAAAAUUGGGACACAUGGUAUUUUAACAUCAUGAAGCCUGACUACCAACAUGUCUUUCUAAUGGAUGAGUGAUGCUAUUGUAAAUUAUAACUCUUCUUUUUCUUCUAAUGAUGUAAUGUCACAUGUUUCCCUGAACUCUGUGCCUUUUCUUCUGCUCAGAGGCAAAAGAGCUUUGUGAAUGCAUUUUUUCUCAUUGUCCGUCUGUGCAGUUAUGUGGAAGUGAGUGGAAUACAAGAGUGAAAUACAAACUCAAAGGCAGAAUUAUACUUUUGUCAGCAUGAACAUCAUAUGUGUUGAAUCUGAUGUGAUUUGGGUUUUAUUUGAAAAUGUAUUUAUUUUGUUAACUUCUGCUAAUCAUCGCCCAUUCAAACGUGCCAUGGAUGACAUGUACACACAUGACUGUUGCUGAGUGCAGAACAGAGCUCAGUCCUCCUAGAGGUCAUCAGAGGUCAUCAGAGGUCUCAAUGUUCCCAAAACUCCAUGUUAUUGUAGAUGUAAUGCUACUUCAGUCUUAAUUAUUAAAGGAUCCGUCUGGUGGUAUUCCAUAGUUAUCAAAAACUGUGAAAAUACCAAAAUCUGCAGCAAAUCAAUCCCAUAAACAAGCUGCAUAGUCAAAACUUGAUAUAAAGUAUCCCUCUGUAAUACCACCAUACUUGAAUAAACUCUUGAAUAGCCCACACAAGUAUUCCUUCGUUAUCAUGAACAUGGGCACAGACACUGUCCUGCUGCUGUGAACGUUAACCUGCACACAAUUGAAAAUCGUCAAUGUUCUCAUGUUUGAGUAGUGUGUACUGAAAACUACAGUCCAGUUUUAAUAAAUUAUUCAGCUUGA